CCUUCGAGAUUCGAAAUCCGGUUUCUGUCUUCAUUCCGCAGGUAUAAAUGCCCCAAGCCGCUCUUCACCUCUAACCUCUCUCCCUCUCUCUCGCGCGCGAGCGAAAAAGCUCGAUUUCAGCUCUGAAAAUUCCAUCUUAAAAUCAUUCCACUAUUCCCCUUUCAGCAAUGGGUAGAAGGAAGCAAAGACGUCCAAUUAAGUCAGGAGGGAUGAUAGACAAUUUUAAUGCCACAGAGAAUAGUGAUGGAGGGAGGUUAGAGAAUAUUGAAUGCUCGAAGCCCGUUGAUGCAAAUGAAAGAGGCAACAUUGUAGAUUCUAGCAAGCCUUUUUUUGUUGAAGUAGAUCGGAGUUAUUGGGAUUCUGCUGAGCAUUUUGAUAUUGCCGAAGUUGUUCUAACAGAUGUCAGUUUUGCAGAUGGGUUUUCAGAUUACAAAUUGAUAGAAGAUUGUUACCGAGAAUUGAACUUCUCUCUUAGGUUUAGGUUAUCUCCAUUAGAGAACCAUUCUUUUAGGCUAGGCCAUUGGCCUGUAAUAUCAGCAGGUGAUAUCUUUUUGGAGUUUCUUCUAGAAAAUUGUCAGGCAGAGCAGAAAAAGACUACGAAUGUAAUUUUUUCGGGUAGUUUUGAUGGACCUGAUGAGGGGGUUUCUGGGCUUGUGCAUUUGGUUUCUCAGAAGCUUUUGACAGUGAGGCCAAGUUCAGAAGUUAGUUUGUCAGAGAAUGGUCUGCCUUUUAGGAUGAGGGUAGAGAUUCUGAAUAGUGCUUUUGAUGCAUGUGGGUCACUCUUGGAGAACAUUAGGCAGCCGUGGAAAAAGAGUAUGAUGAACGUCAUGUCUUGGCUACGUCCGGAAGUUACAAACCAGGAGGCUAAAUACGGAUUUAGUAAAUUGACGAUUGAGGGACUUGAUGAGUAUUCUGAAAUAGCUGAUAACUUUGGUUCAAGGAAGCGUGCCAGGUUUGAUGCUGCUGGAUUCUAUGAAGCGAUUAAACCAUCCAAAGGGGAGCCAAUGCUGGAGGAUGAAUUGCCUGAUUUGCUUCCACAACUUAGACCAUACCAGCGUCGUGCAUCUUAUUGGAUGCUUCAACGAGAGAGAGGAACCCUUGAAGCUCCAAGCAAGAGGAAUCAAGAUCAGUUCUUUAGUCCUCUUUGUGUACCUAUGGAUUUCCUUGACUUGCACUCACGGAUGUUCUAUAAUCCAUUCAGUGGAAAUGUUUCGCUUCAUCCAGAAUCCUGCUCAUCAUAUGUACCUGGUGGGAUUCUUGCUGAUGAGAUGGGUCUAGGGAAAACUGUCGAGCUUCUUGCUUGCAUUUUUGCUCAUCGUAAGUCAUCUUCCGAAGAUGGCCUUCUUUCUGACAAGGAAAUCAGAGAUAGUGAAAUCCUCAGAAGUAAUAUCAGAAGAGUGAAAAGAGAACGCGUUGAGUGUAUCUGUGGGGCUGUGACUGAAAGCCCUAAGUAUCGAGGAUUGUGGGUACAGUGUGAUAUUUGUGAUGCUUGGCAACAUGCACAUUGUGUUGGUUAUUCACCUAGACGGAAAUCUUCAGGAUCUCGCAGAGUUUCAGAGGGAAAAGGCCGUAAAAAGGAUCAGUCAAUUAAGUCACGAAAUCACUCAAAAAAGAAUGGUGCUACUAACAUAGUUCUAAUGGAUGGAAAUUAUAUUUGCUCGCUUUGCUGUGAACUGAUCGAAGCUACGAGCUCCACGAUUACUACUGGUGCGACUCUUAUAGUCUGCCCUGGUCCUAUAUUACAACAAUGGCAUGCUGAAAUCAUUCGUCAUACAAGGCCAGGUUCUCUCAGAACUUUUGUUUACGAAGGUGUAAGAAACUUGAACCCUUCAACCACUUCAAGAAUGGAUAUGAAUGAACUUGCCAGUGCUGAUAUUGUCUUAACAACAUAUGAAGUGCUAAAAGAAGACCUGUCACACGAUUCUGAUAGGCAUGAUGGGGAUCGUCGCUUCAUGAGAUUCCAGAAGAGAUACCCAGUUGUUCCAACUCCCCUUACAAGAAUCUUUUGGUGGCGGAUUUGUUUGGAUGAGGCUCAAAUGGUGGAGAGUAAUGCAGCUGCUGCAACAGAAAUGGCAAUGCGAUUACAUGCUCAACAUCGUUGGUGUAUCACGGGAACUCCUAUACAACGUAGGCUUGAUGACAUUCAUGGACUGCUGCGGUUCCUUGGUGCCAGUCCUUUUGAUGUCUAUAGGUGGUGGGCUGAUGUUAUCAGAGAUCCCUACGAGAGGAGAGAUGCGGGCGCUAUGGAAUUUACACAUAAAUAUUUUAAGCAAAUCAUGUGGCGUUCGUCCAAAUUGCAUGUAUCAGAUGAGUUGCAACUGCCUCCACAGGAAGAACGGUUGUCCUGGCUUGCUUUCUCACCAAUUGAGGCACAUUUUUAUCAGAGGCAACAUGAAACUUGUGUGAGCUGUGCACAUGAAGUUAUUGAAAGUAUCAAAGAUGAUAUUCACAAAAGAGAUGUCCAGUCUGGUUCUGAUGGUUCAUCUGAUCCUUUUCUUGGCCAUAAUGAGGCUUCAAAGCUGAUGCAUUCACUCUUAAAGCUCCGCCAGGCAUGCUGCCAUCCUCAAGUUGGGAGUUCAGGUGUGCGCUCCUUGCAACAGGCUCCUAUGACUAUGGAGGAGAUAUUAGAAGUUCUUGUAGGCAAAGCCAAGAUUGAAGGAGAGGAAGCUCUUAGGAGAGUAGUUGUUGCACUGAAUGGGCUAGCAGGAAUAGCUGCACUUGAGCAGGAUGUCCCGCGAGCAGUGUCACUAUACAGAGAAGCACUGGCUUUAGCUGAGGAGUAUUCAGAUGAUUUCCGUUUGGACCCUCUGUUGAAUCUUCAUAUCCAUCAUAAUUUAUCCGAGUUACUUGCAAUCAGCUCAGAGCAUUCACAACAGAGUCCAUUGGGAGGACACUUCUUCCAAAACCCUGAAGAGAAGAACAAUGAAUUUUAUCUACGUAAUGGGUUUGAUCAUCACGUGGAAAAAAAACGAAAAAUAAGCAGGGACAGCAGUUCAGAUUUAAUCUUUGAUGAUGGGCAUUUGGAGCGUGAUGAGAAAUUACCCAGUUUUAAUUUGGAUGAAAAAACAAUUUGUGUAAAUGGGGACGCAGGUGUGGAACUUGAUGUUCAGCCCCAAGUGUCAUCUAGAUCCUUCCGUGAUGGUGGUUUGAGAAAGGAAUGUGAAAAUAUUAAACAGAAGUACUUAUCUGUAUUUAUAUCCAAGCUAUCCUCAGCUCAACAAGAGUUUACAAACUCAUAUAUGCAGGUCUGUGAUGCAUUUACUGAAUUCAAAGGACAACAUGCCACUUGGUGGUUGCAUGCUCUUGAUCUUAUUGAGCAGGAUGACUCCUCGAAUGAGCUGAUGAGAAAGAUCGAUGAGGCUGUUUCAGUGGCUGUGAACAAUUCCAAAUCAUCGAGACUUGCUUCGAGGCUUCGAAGCAUAAGUGGUCUGAAGUAUUUUAUCCAAACUGGUCUGGAUGCAUUGGAAAGCUCUAGACAGGAGUUACUUGAACGUCUUUUGGAAAUUGACCAAACAAUGGGGAAACCCAGGGAAGAAGACAUCGAGCGUGUGAGAUACUGCCCGAGUUGCCAAGAUAAUUCUGAAGGUCCUAUAUGCAUUCACUGUGAACUAAAUGAGUUAUUUCAGAUAUAUGAGGCAAGGCUUUUUCGUCUUAAAAAUGGAGAUAGUGGAGGUAUGAUUGCAUCAGCUGAGGAAGCAGUGGACUUGCAAAAGAAAAAGUUUGCUCUGAAUCGUUUCUUUGGGGCUUUAUCCCAAGCCAACAGAAGUUCUACUGUACCUGAUAUCAGUAAAGAAGAAAAUAAAAGGCAGCGGGAUGUUAGAGCUAACGUAGUGGUUUCAAGAUCUCCUUCUGAAUUGGAGGUCAUACUUGGGGUUCUAAAGAGUUAUUCUAGAGCACUAUUAGGAAGAGAGGGUAUGUCAUCUGCUACUAAGCAGCUACUUCUUUUUGAGUCAAUACGCAAGGAGUAUGUCCAAGCAAGACUCUUGGCUGCUGCUCAGGCCCAAAUUUUGCGUGCUCAUGAUGAGAUUAAGAUGGCGACUUCACGUUUGCGCCUGAGGAAAACUGAGGAUGACACAUCUGCUAUCGACGCAUUUAGUUCAGAAGAGCUAAUUGUUGCUAGCGUGCAGUUUUCUAGUGAUAAAUUCCUAUCCAUGUCCUCAUUAUCACGCAUUAAAGGGCAGCUUCGUUAUUUGAAGGGAUUGGUUCUGUCUAACCAGAAAAAUGAAGUUGAUGGCCCUAGUGUUUCAUCUGUGCCUCAAGAUACAACCAACUUUGCCGCUGCUUCUAACCCUACAACAGUUGAAUGCACUGGUAAAUCUGAUGAUGAGGCUUGCCCGAUUUGUCAUGAAAACCUCAGCAACCACAAGAUGGUGCUUCAAUGUGGACAUGUUAUGUGCUGUAAAUGUUUGGUUGUAAUGACAGAGAAGAUGAAAGUUCAAAAUGGAAAGUCGAAGUCACAAGGGAAAUGGGUUAUGUGCCCAACGUGUCGACAACGUACAGAUUUUGGGAAUAUUGCUUAUGUAGACGAUCGACAAAACAAGGCUGGUGAUGAUGGGAUACCAAAUGUAUUUGAAGGCCAUGACAUGCCAGAAAUUUCUAUUCGCGUAAAAGGGUCUUAUGGAACAAAGAUUGAAGCCGUGACAAGAACACUCCUUUGGAUCAAAUCUACCGAUCCUGAAGCGAAAGUUCUCGUCUUCUCAAGCUGGAACGACGUUCUCGAUGUGUUGGGACAUGCUUUGGAUGCUAACAACAUUACCUAUGUUCGGAUGAAGGGAGGCAGGAAAUCACAUGCUGCGAUCGCACAAUUCAAGGAAAAGAAAAUCAGUGCAGAAGGAAAGCCACGAAACCAGUCUGCUCAAGUGCUAUUGCUAUUAAUCCAACAUGGGGCCAAUGGCCUUAAUAUCCUAGAAGCUCAGCAUGUAAUUCUUAUAGAGCCGCUGUUAAAUCCCGCUGCUGAAGCACAGGCGAUCAACCGGGUCCACCGCAUUGGACAGGAGAAAGUGACAUUCGUUCAUCGAUUCAUCGUGAAGGAUACGGUAGAAGAGAGCAUCUAUAAGUUGAACACAAGCAGGAGCACCAACCGGAUCAUAAGUGGAAACAUGAAGAAUCGAGAUGAACCCGUUUUGACUCUCAAGGACCUUGAGUCCUUAUUUUCUCCGACGACACCCGUUGGGCCGCUGGAAAAUGGUGAUGAGCCGACGAGCAGUUUAAGGCAUUUGCCUCCUGCUGUCGCUGCUGCUCUAGCUGCCGAGAAGAGACUGAAAGAGGGUUCUGCAUGAUUGUCCAUGUAUUUAAAGUGGGCCACGUCUCUCACGAGUUUCACGUCACCACUGGCAAUAUGCAUGCACGUAAUUAUUAGUUCCCCGCUCUGGUAAUUUGAGAUGAGAUUGGAGGGUUCCACAUGAUUACCAUGGAUUUGAAGUGGGCCACGUCUCUAGCAAGGACAUCAGCACGAGUGGUGUGCAUGGCUGUGAUUUGUCAUUUGUUCCAUAACGUAUGUAAACACAUGCAUGCAAAUUACAUGUGAAAGUUACAAAGCUGAUAAGAUGGCACAGUUGUGAGAGGUGUGCUGUGUAGAUCAAGGUGAAUGGGUGAAAUUUGUGGGGCAUUUCAGGUAUAAAGGUUGUAGUGUAAGCAAAUUUGUGGAUUUGAAAUGCGAGGGUUAUUCAAGGAAUUUUUUUGUACAUAAGGUUGCAGGUUUUCAAUCCAAACAGGUAGUGCAACAUCAGGCCCACCAGGUGAACGGUGGGAUUUGCGUUAAGACCGCACUUUAGAAUGCAUGUUGUAGGUUGAUACUUAAUAGUAAUAGUAAGAUGUAGGGCCAUCCUACUUACACCUGGCCCCAACUUGAUUAUUUUUUACUGUUUACAUAUUCAUAUGUGAUUGUUGAGUGGGGAAAUGUAUAUAAAGUCAAUGGUCCUGAUUCAA